AUGGAGCAUAUAUAUUUACCAGAACCAACAGAGAAUAUAUGGAAAAAAUGUGCUGAAGAAUUUGAAAAUAGAUGGGGAUUUCCCAAUUGCAUUGGCAGCGUGGACGGUAAACAUGUAACAAUCAAGAGACCUAACAACAGUGGCUCCAAUUACUGGUGCUAUUUACAUAAAUAUUCAAUAGUACUUAUGGCCAUUGUUGGCCCGGACUAUAAAUUUAUAUGUGUUGAUAUUAGUGGUUUCGGAAAAAAUAGUGAUGGGGGUAUUUUCGAAACCUCAAACAUGGGAAAACGAUUUGAACAAAAUUUAAUGAGUGUCCCUGCACCUAGAUUUCUCCCUGGGCAAAAUGAAAUCUGCUCGUACGUUUUAAUUGGUGAUGAAGCAUUUGCUUUAAAACCAUACCUUAUGAGACCAUUUCCUUAUAAGCAGACUUUAACUAGACGUCAGAAAAGAGAAAUACAAUGUAAGACUUUGUCGAGCUAG